AAACAUGAAGUUCCCUCUUCUGACAAUAAAUGACUUUCCCACACUCAUGGAGUUCCAGAGUUCACUGUUGUGGUGAAGUAGCACCUCGUGUUGGCUGUGUUUAGAGCUGGACAGCUCUCAAAUAUGGGGAUAAGCAAGGAGUUGCAGGGAAAGAAGACUCUUGUCAUAGGUGCUUUGGCGAUCUCCAUGGUCACCAUAAUCCUAGGGCUCGGACUGGGGCUUGGUUUACAACUAGAGGACUGUCGAAACAAAGUGGUUCCCACUACCUCCUGCAAGAACAGAUGCUACGAGCCCUACGACGAUGAGACACCAGGCUGUCGCUGUGAUACUCAGUGUGUCAUCAACAAUAACUGUUGCUAUGACUUUCAGGACAUCUGUUUCCAACCAACUCAACAAUGGGAGUGCACCAAACUGCGCUGUGGAGAAACGAGGUUGGCGGAGAGCAGGUGCCACUGCUCUGACGACUGCCUGGGUGCUGGUGACUGUUGUACCAACUUCAAACAUGUCUGUCAAGGAGAGACAGAAUGGGUGGCAGAUGACUGUGUGGAUUUGGCGAGCCCUAAAUGUCCAGCGAACUUUAAACUGCAGCCGCUGCUCCUCAUCUCACUGGACGGCUUGAGAGCAGAGUAUCAACAAACAUGGAGUUCCCUCAUCCCCGUCCUAGACAAACUGAGAACCUGUGGCACCUCUGCACCUUACAUGCAGCCUGUGUUCCCCAGCAUUACCUUCCCGAAUCACUACACCAUUGUGACGGGCAUGUACUCCGAGUCCCACGGACUGGUUGACAACAAGAUGUAUGACCCUGUGUUCGACGCUUCCUUCAGUCUGUCAAACGAAGAGAAGUCCAACCCCAGAUGGUACUUUGGUCAGCCUAUUUGGCACACUGCCAGUUACCAAGGACUGAGAGCAGGAACGUAUUUCUGGCCUGGCUCAGAUGUCAAAAUCAAUGGCAGUUUCCCAGACAUCAACUUAGACUACAAUGGAAAAAUACCUUUUGAGGAGAGGGUCUUCACACUCCUGAAGUGGCUACAGUUGCCAGAUAAUGAGAGGCCAGAUUUCUUCACGUUGUACCUCGAGGAGCCGGACAAGUCGGGGCACAGCUUUGGUCCUGUCAGUGGAGGGUUGAUCGAGGCUCUCACUGGAGUGGACAAGGUCAUUGGUCAACUGAUGAACGGACUCAAACAGCUAAACCUGCAUCAGUGUCUCAACAUCAUCAUCGUAGCUGACCACGGUAUGGAGGACACAAGUUGUGACAGGAAGGAAGUCCUCCAGGAUCUACUCCAGUUGGAAAAUGUUCAUGAUCUAUAUGUCUACGAGGGACCUUUUGGGAGAAUUAGAUCCAAUGACAAAAACCAACCCUUGGACUCGUCCCGACUUGUAGCCAACAUGACGUGCAAGAAGAACGGUCAGAAGGUCAAGCCCUACCUGAAAAACCAUCUGCCCAAGCGGUUCCACUACGCAAACAGUAGACGCAUUGAGGACGUCAGCGUGAUAGUCAACCCAGGAUGGCUGUUCGAGAGAUACCCAGGGUCUUUGACCUUCUGUGCAGGUGGAGCUCAUGGGUAUGACAAUGAUGAGGCCAGUAUGCAUGCUAUGUUCUUAAGCUAUGGACCCAAGUUUCACUAUAAAACCGAAAUAGAACCAUUCUCCAAUAUUGAGCUCUACAAUCUCAUGUGUGAUGUGUUGGGGAUCUCCCCAUCCCAGAACAAUGGAAGCCACGGCAGUAUGAACCAUCUCCUGAGGACUCCCUGGCACACUCCCAUACACCCUGCAGAGCAAACAACCCCUGGGCAGUGCCCUCUAGUGAUCCUUGAACCCACAGAUACCCUGGACUGCACAUGCACCUCCCUGGGUGUAACUAAUCCAAAUGGUCGUCUGAAUCUGACAGCUGCUGAAGUGAAAGCUGUUGAGCAGAAGCACAUGUUGUUUGGAAGACCAAUAAUGCUGCAACCCAGCAAUGACUACUGCUUACUGUAUCAUCAGGGCUUUGUCAACGCCUAUAGCAAAAAAUCCCUCAUGCCAGUGUGGAACUCAUAUACUUUGGACAAAACUGAAAACAUGGACCCUUUGCCAGCAGUCACACCAGACUGUCAGAGGGCUGAUGUCCGCAUCCCGGCAGAUAAAAGUCCCAGAUGUGACCAGUAUGCUUCAGCCAGGAACAUUACCCACGGUUUCCUCUACCCUCCCAAUCUAAAAAAGACAGCAGAGGAGGAGUAUGAUGGCCUGUUGAUGAGCAAUGUUGUACCCAUGUAUCCUGAGUUUAAGAAGAUCUGGGAUUACUUCCACACUACAUUGCUGAAGAAAUAUGCCAGUCAAUAUAAUGGCAUUAAUGUGGUGACAGGCCCGGCAUUUGACUACAACUACGACGGACAGUUUGAUUCUCAAGACCAGAUAGAACAGUUUGUAACAGGUACACAGAUUCCAAUCCCAACCCAUUACUUUGCAGUUCUCACCAGCUGCAAGGACUCGCAACCAGUGAGCAGCUGUAACAAUGAGCUACAGACCGUUUCCUUCUUGAUACCACACAAAGCGGACAACUCAGAGAACUGUAAUAAUGGUGACACUGCAUCUCUAUGGGUUGAAGACCACCUGUGGUUCCACCAAUCACGUGUCAGAGAUGUAGAGUGGCUCACAGGAUUGGAUUUCUAUCAAGGCAGCACCAGGCCUAUCCCGGAACUUCUAAAAUUAAAGACUCGCCCAACUGCUGCCAUUCACAGAAGACCUUGAAAUGAAUGACCUUUUGAAAUAUACAUGUAUUGGUAGAGGUAUUUGAUAAUUAUAAAAACAUAUAUUUUAUUUAGUUUGUCUAGUGUGGGUAUUUAUCCACUUGUUAAUAAAUAUUUAAUGAUUCAAAUCAAUGCAGGGAGGAAUGCAAAUGUCAUGAAACAUGUACAAUGCUUCUGUAGGCCACAAUCGCCACACAAGUAUUUUCCACCUUUAAAUUCCUGUGCAGAGAUUAUCGCCUAAUCUUCUGACUUCCACAGAAAGACAUGUUUUCCUGUAAUUGUUAAACAGAUCAGCUAAAUGACUUCGGAAAGUGCCUUCGGAAUGUGUUCAGACCCCUUGACUUUUUCCACAUUUUGUUAUGUUACAGCCUUAUUCUAAAAUGUAUUCAAUAAAAACAAUCCUCAAUCUACACACAAUACCCCAUAGUGACAAAGUGAAAAAGUUUAGAGAUUUUAGCAAAUGGAACUGGAUUAAAAGCAAAAAACAUACCUUACAUAAUUCAGAUCCUUUGCUAUGAGACUCGCAUCCUGUUUCCAUUGAUCAUCCUUGAUGUUUCUACAACUUGAUUGGAAUCCACCUGUGGUAAAUUAAAUUGAUUGGACUUGGUUUAGAAAGGCACACACAUGUCUAAAUAAGGUCACACAGUUGACAGUGAAUGUCAGCUCAAAAUCCAAGCCAUGAGAUUGAACUAAUUGUCCAUAGAGUUCCUAGACAGGAUUGUGUCAAGGCACAGAUCUGAGGAAGGGUACAAAAACAUUUCUGCAGCAUUGUGGGUCCCCAAGAACACAGUGUCCUCCAUCAUUCUUAAAUGGAACCACCAAGACUCUUCCUAGAGCUGGCCGUCCGGCCAAACUGAGCAAUCGGGGGAGAAGGGCAUUGGUCAGGGUGAUGACCAAGAACCCGUUGGUCACUCUGAAAGAGCUCUAGAGUUCCUCUAUGGAGAUGGGAGAACCUUCCAGAGGGACAACCAUCUCUGCAGCACUCCACCAAUCAGGCCUUUAUGGUAGAGUGGCCAGACGGAAGCCACUCCUCAGUAAAAGGCACAUGACAGCCCGCUUGGAGUUUGCCAAAAGGCACCUAAAGACUCUCAGACCAUGAGAAACUAGAUUCUCUGGCCUGAUGAAACCAAGAUUGAACUAUUUGGCCUGAGUGCUAAAUGUCAUGUCUGGAGGAAACCUGGCACCAUCCCUAUGGUGAAGCAUGGGUUGUUUUUCAGUGGCAGGGACUGGGAGACUAGUCAGGAUCAAGGCAAAUAUGAACAGAGCAAAGUACAGAGAAAUCCUUGAUGAAAACCUGCUCCAGAGGGCCUCAUUUUGACAGCUGGAUGCCUGUGCGGAGAAGUAUAAUAUUAUUUUAGUGAGGGGGAGAGCAGAUGAGAAACAGUUUCUUUUUGACAUACAUUCUACUAUUACACCACUUACAGCAAAUCUCUCUGGCUAUGAGUGUCUGCUAACUAAAUGACAGAAAAACAAA